AUGGCGUUAGGCUCCGGGAAGCUCCGAGCGGCGACGAACCGCGUGAGGUGCGCGCGCGGGGACCGAGAUCGACGCCCGCGACUCCAGGAUGGAUGCCCACUCCGUCUCGUCAUCGUUCGAACGUUCGGUCUUUCACGCCUUAAAUACCCGUCUGACGCGCGCGUCCCUCGCGUCCCUCGCCUCCCGCGCCCUCGCCCUUCCCCCCCAUGGCGUGGCCCCCACCCCAGGACGUCGCUCGCGAACAACACGAACGAGAUAUGGACGGACCUGAUCGGCAUACAGCAGAGCAAAGACGCGGGGACGAACAGCGCGAUCGAGGCGUCGAUCAAGGUUCCAGGACGCAUCGGCGGCGCGGGCGUCGGCACGGGCAGGAGACGUCAACGCGACGACGCGAUCAUUCACCCCACGGAGGCGCUCGUCGCGCUCGCGCGUUUGCAGAGCGCGCGGAAUUCGGCCGCGGGCGCGGUCGUGGAGGGCGACCGCGGCGUGUGCCGCGUGUGCGGCGGCACCGGACACCUGACGUCGAUGUGUAAGAACGAGUACGCGAUGUUAAAAGACGACGACGACGCGGCGGAGGACUCGGUCACGGACCUGAGCAGCGACAGCGACAGCGACAGCGGCGACGGGGGAGGGAGGAAGCGGAAGCGGAAGAGCGGCGGCAAGAAGAAGAAGCGCAAGAAGAGCCACCGCAAGAAGAAGUCGAGCGGCAAGGGGAGAAAGAAGAGCUCGAAGAGGAAAAAGAAAAAGAGGCGGCGGGACAGCUCGAGCGACUCGGACUCGGACUCGGACUCGGACUCGAGCUCGAGCUCGAGCUCGUCGUCGAGUUAA